AUGGGCAACGGAUACUUCGACUGGAUGCUUUUUGAGGAUGGUAAGGUGAGCGGGAUCGCCUCUGAGAUUAUCGAGGUCGGUUUUAACAACCUGGACGAGGCCACGGCAAGCGAAUACGCCUCAUACAUGACCUGGACAUCGGAGAAAGCCUUCACUGAUUCCGCAAAAUACUCGCCUUGGACCAGCGGCAACGUUACCGAGGCGUACAUCCACACACUCCUCGACAAUGCGCUUCCGUAUCCUAUCCAAUUGGGCAUGGAGGCACUUCUACCCGAGGGUUCUGCCGUAUAUUCUAUCAAUUCCAGUCAUGUCCCAUUCAUUAGCCACCAAGAUGAGCUCUUGACGGCAGUUGAGGCGGCAGUUGAGGUCGGCGUUGAAGGUGCUGCGAAGUAUGUCGUCCGUGCAUAG